ACACCUUAAUUCCUUGAUUAACUUGAAAAUUAAUCUCCCCCUUGCUUAAGGCCUUCACCAUCCCCCUCAACUUCCAUCUCUCUCUCUCUCUCUCUCCAUGGGGAACCUAUGCUCUCGCAGCGACCCCGCCGCUAACCCCGAUGAAAAGGGAGAACCCGGGCCUGAAAAUGAAUUGAAUACCAGCACUUCCAUGAAUGAAGACUCCCCCAACUCUCCUCCCAAGGCUUCUCCUACUCAAAGCAUCUCCUCCAAGCCUUCCAACAAGCCCAACCCCAUUGGUCCCGUCUUAGGCCGCCCUAUGGAAGAUAUUAAAACCACCUACAACAUUGGCAAAGAAUUGGGUAGGGGUCAGUUUGGGGUUACGCAUUUGUGUACCAACAAGUCCACCGGGGAACAAUUCGCAUGCAAGACUAUCGCCAAGAGGAAGCUUGCCAACAAGGAGGAUAUUGAGGAUGUUAGAAGGGAGGUUCAGAUUAUGCACCAUUUGACAGGUCAGUCUAACAUUGUCGAGCUCAAGGGAGCCUUCGAGGAUAAGCAUUCCGUUCAUUUGGUGAUGGAACUAUGUGCCGGAGGAGAGCUGUUCGAUAGGAUCAUUGCUAAGGGCCAUUACACCGAGCGUGCCGCUGCUUCCUUGCUUCGCACGGUUGUCCAGAUUGUGCACACUUGCCAUUCUAUGGGGGUCAUCCAUAGGGAUCUCAAGCCCGAGAAUUUCCUCUUGUUGAAUAAGGAUGAAGAUUCCCCUCUCAAGGCCACAGAUUUUGGUCUAUCAGUCUUCUACAAGCCUGGUGAAGAAUUCAAAGAAAUUGUUGGUAGUGCAUAUUAUAUUGCACCUGAGGUCUUGAAGAGGAAAUAUGGACCAGAAGCAGAUAUAUGGAGUAUUGGUGUUAUGCUGUAUAUUUUUCUAUCUGGUGUUCCUCCCUUUUGGGCUGAAUCCGAAAAUGGGAUAUUCAAUUCAAUAUUACGCGGCCACAUUGAUUUCUCGAGCGAUCCAUGGCCUUCAAUUUCACCUCAAGCGAAGGAACUUGUGAAGAAGAUGUUAAAUUCGGAUCCGAAGCAGAGGUUAACCGCAGUGCAGGUUCUAAGCCAUCCAUGGAUCAAAGAGGAUGGUGAAGCACCUGAUACACCUCUUGACAACGCAGUUAUAUGUAGGCUCAAACAGUUUAAAGCAAUGAACAACUUCAAGAAAGUUGCUUUGCGGGUCAUUGCGGGAUGUUUAUCAGAGGAAGAAAUCAUGGGAUUGAAGGAGAUGUUCAAGGGCAUGGAUACCGACAACAGCGGGACCAUAACACUCGAAGAAUUAAAGCAAGGCCUUGCUAAACAAGGAACAAAGCUCACUGAAUAUGAAGUUCAACAACUAAUGGAAGCUGCUGAUGCAGACGGAAACGGAACCAUAGACUACGAUGAGUUCAUCACGGCCACAGUGCAUAUGAACCGAAUGGACCGGGAAGACCAUCUCUACCAUGCCUUCCAACACUUUGAUAAAGACAACAGCGGGUACAUCACGACCGAAGAACUAGAGCAAGCUCUGCGUGAACAUGGCAUGCAUGACGCCAACAUUAAGGAAAUCGUUUCUGAGGUUGACUCUGACAAUGACGGAAGGAUCAACUAUGAUGAGUUCGUGGCAAUGAUGAGAAAAGGAAACCCUGAAGCACAUACCAAGAAGCGGCGCGAAUUAUCUGUUAAUAUCGAGACAUAAAAAAAAAUAUUAAUACAAAUGCUUUGUAAUUUCCCAUUCAAAAUCAAGAGAAAAAUUGGGAGAGGAUACGAUAAAAUUUAGGACAUGGCUAAGGUUUUUCUUUUUUAAUUUUUAAGUUUGACGGGGAUUUGAGGAUUUCUAAGUCUAAUGGAUUUUUUAUUUAUUUCUUUUUGGUAUAAAGAGGUAGUAUGAGAAUACAAAACAAAGG